UAAAAAAUUUGUUCCCGAAUUUGCUGGAAUCGGAAUCCGCCUUGUCACUCCCUUUUGCCAUCUCAGCCGGACACUCCAAUCGGAUUCCUCUCAGCAAUCAGUCUUCAAUUUCCCGCCGUCCAUCGCCGCCCAUAUCCUCCGCCCUAGCUCACCUCUCUUAAUUGCACUCGCCACUGCAAAACCUGAGCUGAAGAAUUCCAAGCUUUCCACAACAAAAAUCCAUCUCAAUUCGUUCUCUAAUGUCAAGCUGGGUGCCAGUGCAUAUCCUCACAAAUCCUUGUUUCAUAUUAGGGCCUCGAACUCGAUUGAAUUGCCGCCAUUUCACCAAUUGCUUUAUAAAUUCAUUGGCUACUAAGAGCCACGCAUUCUCCCACAAUCAGAUUAGGGCAUGGAAACCAGAUGUAGAUACAGUUGUGUCUGAUAAUGCGAAAUAUGGGGGUAAACAGAUUAUCAGUGUUACUCCCCGUCUGUAUGAUUAUAUACUGGGCAAUGUCAGAGAACCAGAGAUAUUGCGUGAACUUAGAGAGGAGACUGCAACAAUGCGGGGCAGUCAGAUGCAAGUAUCCCCCGAUCAAGCACAGCUACUAGCAAUGCUUGUCCAGGUCCAAGGAGCAAAACGGUGCAUUGAAGUUGGCAUCUAUACUGGAUACUCAUCCUUGGCCAUUGCUUUAGUUCUUCCAGAGCAAGGCCGUUUAGUUGCUUGUGAGAGAGACGAAAAAUCAAUUGAGGUUGCAAAGAGAUAUUAUGACCGAGCGGGUGUGUCAGGCAAGGUGGAUGUGAGACAUGGAAUAGCAGCAGAUACUCUUCGGUCCAUGAUUCAGAAUGGCGAAGGCUGCAGUUAUGACUUUGCGUUCAUUGAUGCCGAUAAGAAAAUGUAUCAGGAAUACUUUGAGUUGCUGCUAAAGCUGGUAAGGGUUGGAGGCGUCGUUGUAGUGGAUAAUGUCCUUUGGCACGGGAGAGUUGCUGAUCCGCUGGUAAAGGAUUCCAAGACGACGAGCAUAAGGAGUUUCAAUAGGACAUUGUUUGAGGAUAACCGCAUAGACAUCAGUAUGGUGCCAAUCGGCGAUGGCAUGACAAUCUGCAGGAAAAGAUGAAUUUCGUUGAGAAGAGAAACAGAUUAUUGGGUAUCCAUGACAAUCUGCCAUCCUGUAUUGAUGAUUUUUUUUUUCCAUUAAUGAUAGUUUUCUUUACAUUGAUUUUCA